AUGGACUCUCCGGCCACAGGGGGCUCAUCCUCUCCGGGGCUGCACGCCUCCCCUAACCUGGGUCCUGGAAACCGCAGCCGCGCAGGCUCAGGCACUUUCCACCUCGUUGAGGUUGGCAGCAACAAGGGCCGCUCCAACCAAAGCUCUGUGUCACCAAACCUGGCCGUUAACCCUGCACCACCAGCAGAAGGCGCCGAGAAUUGGAGCCUCGAUGGUGGCUGGAAGCCCGUGCGUAAGAGCUGGGCGGAGCAG